GUUAGAAUUCUUUUUCUCAUUCUUGUUGUUGCCUUAUGAAAAAUUGUCUUUUCUAAAAUUAAUUAAUGGACCAUUGUAUUCCUCAUAUAUCCAAACUUAUUUUUAUUGAUUUUGUAUUUGUGCUGUAUUUCAGUAGGACACAGUUCUUGGAUUCCAAUAAAACAAACAUUCUGAUUGUCCCUGAAAUGAGGGUGUCUGACAUGAUGGCAGAUCGUGCCACGAUUGGCUCAAUAAAAAUUUGAAUCAAUCACAACGUGCGUCAACCAUCACAUGACCAGAAUUGCUUUUUAUGCUAGAAAUUCUCGAAUGCUACCGUAAUUAUUUUUUCUUUUGUUGAAUCAGAUUAUUUCUGACGUUUCUAGAUUGUGCUUCGUUUUAGUUUAUUGCACAGUGCUCGUUCGCCGAUUUGUGCCAUUAUGGAGACCCAGACUGUCUCAUAAAGGAGGGGUUUGCACUCAUUGGUAUAAUUGAUGUCUUUCAACGUGGGGGCUAUUCUUGGAAUCAGAGAUCUGUAUUUAGUUGGUGGAGAAUAGAGAUAUAUAGUGAAAAAAACUGAUGCUUUUUGAGACCAUUUUACAUCUGAGUAUCUAACUGUUUGUGAAUAUUUUUUAUUUGUUCAAAUUUAGAGACUGAUCUAAUUAAUGUAUCACAAGUUAAUGAAAAAAAUCUAGACAUGUCAAAUCAGUUUGACAAAAAGGAUGAACCUGGGGUUAAACCUUCACCACCAGGUUCACAGCAUUCACAACAUGCAUUGUACGCUCGGCGACAAACACCUGGCAUUCUUCAUGGCCAACAAACUCUCGUAUCUCUGGUUCACGGACCAAAUGCGAGCACGUAUCGGGAUACAACCGCAGAAAGACCUAUCAUUCCCAAUUCUACAAGUGUUGCAAUAUCAACCACAAGAUUCGGUGUUCCAUCUUAUAAUCGUCCACCUACAUUGUCACAGCAGGCUACAAUUUCCCAGCCAUUAUGUUUACCCUUGCAACCACAAGCAGUAAUGCAGCAACCCUCAGAGAGCCUAUCUCAACAGCAUCAUAUGCCACACCAAGCUCCGAUUUUGCACCACCCGGUCAUUGCGUCUGGACUUCUUGGUCAUCUUUCUCUUCCACAACUUCCUGCAUCAUCGCAGGCUCAGAUCCAAGCUCAACAACAGCAACAACAGUCUCAGUUUCAGCGCUUAAAAGUCGAGGAUGCACUGUCUUACUUGGACCAAGUUAAAUUUCAAUUUGGAAACCAACCUCAAGUGUACAAUGAUUUUCUGGAUAUCAUGAAAGAGUUCAAGUCACAAAGCAUUGAUACACCAGGUGUUAUUCAAAGAGUCUCUAGUUUAUUCGCAGGACAUGCUGAUCUCAUUGUUGGAUUCAACACUUUCUUGCCUCCUGGCUAUAAAAUAGAAGUUUCUGGUAAUGAUCAAGUUAGCGUGACUGGCCCUAACAUGCUUCCGCAAACAAUAAAUACACAACAUGGUGGCGCAGGCCCGCCGAAUGCUGUACAAGUACAUGCACCACAAACAAAGUAUGUGACCCCUCCUGUCACAGGUCCCACAUCACAGAAUCAACAACCUCUUAUAAAAAGCCAGUCUGGGCAUGCAUUGACACCACCUAGCUCUAUGUUCACACCUAAUGCUCAUAGCUCACAGGCAAACCUGACUUCCUCCAGUGCAGCGAGUGUCAAUGCCUCCACAUUGGCAUCCUCCAAAGCGUGUGCUGGACCACUUGUGAACUCAAUCACAGCACUAGGAUCCAGCAUUCCACCUCCACCUGUGGGACAGCAACCACAGGUUGGAAGUCAACCAGUGGAGUUUAACCAUGCAAUUAAUUAUGUUAAUAAAAUAAAGCACCGUUUUCAAGGGCAAACAGAUAUUUACAAAGCAUUUUUGGAGAUUUUGCACAAAUAUCAAAAAGAACAGAGAACAGUUAAAGAGACAAAUGGCGCAUACACACCAAUGUUAUCUGAAUCUGAAGUAUAUGCUCAGGUCGCCAAGUUAUUCAAAAAUGACGAGGAUCUUCUGAGAGAAUUUGGGCAAUUCCUCCCUGAUGCUGGAGGGGGAAUAAGUGGUGGAAAUCUAUCUGCACUAACUGGCGGUGUAGUUGGCUCAAAAUCAGAUGGAUUAUUGAGCGAGCAUUUGCCAGCUCCCAAAAAACAUACUCAACUUUCAUCUUCAUCUGCUAAUUCCACAGGAUCUAGUGGAUCAGCAAAACCAAGAAUGGGACAUCAUGGCCUGAAACGCUCUUCGAGCAUAUCAAUGCAAGGCAAAAAAGUCCGCAGUUGUUCUCUUAAGGAUGUAUCUUUGGCAGAAGCUUCCAAGCAUGGCACAUUAGGUGAAUUUGGAUUUUUUGAUAAAGUAAGACGAGCACUUGGUACCCAGGAAGUUUAUGAUAAUUUUCUUCGAUGUCUUUUGUUGUUUAAUAAUGAAGUCAUAGGAAGAGCAGAGUUGGUGCAACUAGCACAACCAUUCCUUGUGAAGUUUCCAGAGCUCUUUGGUUGGUUUAAAAGGUUCUUGGGAUACAAAGAAGGGCAAACAGGAGAAAAUUGGUCAUCACUGACAGGACUUGCGCUGCCACAACAGCCCAUAGCUCAGGCAAAAGAAAAACAUGAAGGAAUGGCAAUGGAAAUUGACUACACAACUCUGAAAAGACUGGGUUCUAGUUAUCGAGCACUGCCUACUUCUUAUGAGCAGCCAAGAUGUACAGGUCGUGAUGUUUUGUGCAAAGAAGUUCUUAAUGAUACAUGGGUCUCUUUCCCCUCCUGGAGUGAAGAUUCGCAGUCUGUAACAUCUAAAAAGACUCAGUUUGAGGAGCAUGUUUACAGAUGUGAAGAUGAAAGAUUUGAAUUGGAUGUUGUCUUGGAAACGAACCUUGCAACAAUUCUUGUAUUAGAAGCAGUGAAUAAGGAUCUGUCACGCAUGAAUGAAGAAGAGAAAUCAAAAUUUAAACUUGAUAAUUGUCUCGGGGGAACUUCGGAAGUGAUACACAGAAAGGCUAUUCAUAGAAUUUAUGGUGAUAAAGCCCCAGACAUAAUAGAUGGCUUGAAGAAAAAUGCAGCUGUGGCAGUUCCAGUUGUUCUAAAACGUUUGAAACUAAAAGAUGAAGAGUGGAGAGAGGCACAGCAUCAAUUUAAUAAAGUUUGGAGAGAACAAAAUGAAAAAUACUAUCUCAAGUCAUUGGAUCAUCAAGGAAUAAAUUUCAAACAAAACGACACAAGAUAUCUCAGAUCAAAAAGCUUAUUGAACGAGAUUGAAAACCUUUUUGAUGAAAGGCAAGAAGCUUUGGAAAACGGUGCAAACCCUGCUACACUCCAAGGCCCACUUAUGACGCUGACCUAUGAAGACAAAUCAAUGAUGGAUGAUUGUGCAUCACUGAUCAUUCAUCAUGUAAAGCGACAGAGUAGCAUACACAAAGACGACAAACAAAAAAUGAAAGUUUUUAUGUAUCAAACUUUGCCUGAUCUGUUUUUUUCUCCACGAGGAAAUCAACCAAGUGAUGAUGAUGAUGAAGAUUAUGACAGUGAUACAAAAAGUACAAGCAGCAGGAAUGGAAAAAAUGGGAAAAGCACAGCAAAGCCUGAAAUAAGGAACACGGGAGCAUAUUCGGCCAAUGAUGAUCUGGACGGGUUGUAUCAUAUGUUCAUGUGCAACAACCCCUUCUAUCUAUUUUUUCGACUGCAUGAAAUACUUUGUUCAAGAUUGCUCAAAAUAUAUCGUCACGCAGAAGUUCUGGCAGAGGAGGAUGCAAAAGGGAAAAAGGAAAGUGAUGGAAAAGAAUCUAUUGCAGAUAUGCUGAGGCUUAAGCAGGUCAGUGAUAUAGAGGUUGAAGAUUACUAUCCAGCGUUUUUGGAAAUGGUCCGAAAUCUUUUGGAUGGAAAUAUUGAGCCUCUGCAGUUUGAAGACCAGCUGAGAGACAUGUUUACUAUCCACGCAUACACUACAUUUACAAUGGAUAGGCUUGUGCAGAAUAUUGUUCGCCAACUUCAUCAUAUUGUACAGGAUGAGCAAUGUUCGCAGUUACUAGAAUAUUACAAUGAGGAAGAAAAAAACAAUGCAACAGGUGGAGAAAUUAUAUCUAAAUCUCGUCGAGCACAACCAGAAGCUGCAUAUCAACGAAGAUCUGAACAACUACUUAUUGAAGAAAAUUGCUACAAGAUGACAAUACUUCAGAAAAAAAGUCAAUUUCAAGUAGAGAUACAAUUGCUGGACACAGAUGAAGAUCAGGACGAAAGUGCUGAACUUGCUGAUUCGGCAAAAUGGUCUGACUAUGUAGAGCACUAUGUAAAUGAUUUGGAGGAUGAUAUGCCAGAUGUCUUAAAGAAAAAAAUCUUGAAGAUACCCCCAGUCUUUAUGCAGAGAAAUGCUCGCAUAUACAGACAGCAGAAAAGACAGUAUAAUGAAGAAAAUUUUGAAGAGGACAAAACAAAUUCAUCUGACAAACUAAUUAGGUCGAACUCAGACAAGAGGCCCAGAAGUAGGCUGUAUUUCUCAGAAGAUAUGGAAGUUAAAUUUGUGAGAAAUUCUUACAAAAUGAUCUUUGUCCCGGGAACAGAGUAUAUCCUUUACCGAGAGAAUGCUCUAAAGUCUGCAAAGGAGAGACAUGACACAAGAAACAAACGUUUGCAUGAUAAAUUUCAAUCUAAAGUUACAGAAUGGGGUUGUGAAAAUGUAUCGCGAGACAUGUCGCGCCAAUGUACAAAUUGGCUAAUGGGAAGGUCAUCAUCAACUCAAGGUAACCUGCUUGAAAAUCUGGUUAACUGUACCACAGUAUGCAAAGUUGAAAAAGUUGGACUCUUGUCAAGGAAUCUUUACAAGGUGGAAUACCACACAGAGGGGAAGACACAACCAACUAAUUGAUUGAUCUUACAGCAAAAAUGGAUUGAGCAUUCACAUUUGGGAUCUCAAGACAUAAAUUGAGUGUGAUUUAUGGUGACUGGGAAACUUUUUUCAAUCAUAUUUGUUUGAUUAUUAUUCACAACUUUCUACAGAGAAUUAACUCUCCUGUUCAUGAAACAAUAUUAAAUUGUCAAAGAUACUUUUGUUUGUUUUCCACUGGAUUUGUGUGUGAAUGCCUGCUCAGUUUAUUUGAAUAUUAUUCUUGGAUAAAGUCAAUGAAUGGAAC